GGCGGAGCGGGCCCCCCGACGCCGAGGCGGGCUCCCCGCGCCCGCAGUGCCGAGAACAUGAGUGAGAACUUGAGGGACUGUUUGAUCCAGACCCAAGCUUCCUUAGGGGAGAUGGUGACGAUAAAAACAGAGGCCUGCUCUCCACACCGGGACCAGGAGUAUGGACAGCCUUGCUCUGGAAGGCCUGACCCACAAUCCAUGGAGAUGGAACCCAAGAAACUGAAAGGGAAACGGGAUGUAAUCAUGACCAAGAGCUUUCAGCAAGUGGAUUUCUGGUUCUGUGAGUCCUGCCAGGAGUACUUUGUGGAUGAGUGUCCAAACCAUGGCCCCCCAGUGUUUGUGUCUGACACCCCAGUGCCUGUCGGCAUUCCGGACCGGGCAGCGCUGACCAUCCCGCCUGGAAUGGAGGUGGUUAAAGAGCCCAGUGGGGAGAACGACGUGCGCUGUAUGAACGAGGUGAUCCCCAAAGGUCACAUCUUUGGGCCGUAUGAGGGGCAGAUCUCUAGCCAGGACAGGUCUGCAGGAUUCUUCUCGUGGCUGAUCGUUGAUAAGAACAACCGCUACAAGUCCAUUGAUGGGACAGAUGAAACCAAAGCAAACUGGAUGAGGAACAUGGCUGAACGAAAGAGGAAGCCCAAGUUUUCCAAGGAAGAACUGGACAUUCUGGUCACUGAGGUGACCCGAAAUGAAGCCAUGCUGUUUGGGAGGGACACAAUGCGUCUAUCCCAUGCUGACAGGGACAAGAUCUGGGAAGGCAUAGCCAGGCAGAUCACAUCAGUCAGCCAAGUCCCCAGGUCUGUAAAAGACAUUAAACACAGAUGGGACGACAUGAAGAGAAGGACCAAGGACAAACUGGCACUCAUGCAGAGGUCCCUCUCCAGCCCCGUCGGCGGGGGGCAGCCCUCAGCCAUCGUCCUGACCGCCCAUGAGAGAGCCAUCGAGUCGGCGCUGCAUUCAUCACACCAGAGGCACGGCUGCCGGAGAGCGGAUCUGGAUGUGGUUGGCAGCCUGUACAUGAGCUCUGAUGAAGAUGAAGAGAUGCCAGGCACUUCUCAGGAGCACCACUUCGCUUCGCUGCCAAGGGCUGUUGCAGGUGUCAGUCCGUUCUCCAGGCCCUCCUUGCUUCGCACUUCUUCCUCAUCAGAGCCCUCGGAAGCUGCCAGCCAAAGAUACGUCAUCAUCUCCCGGGAGGAGAGGGAGCAGAACUUGAUGGCCUUUCAGCACAGCGAGAGGAUUUACUUCCGUGCCUGCCGAGAUAUCCACCCUGGGGAGAAGCUGCGGGUCUGGUACAGUGAGGAUUACAUGAAGCGGUUGCACAGUAUGUCCCAGGAAACCAUGAAUAGAAGUUUCACAAGUGGAGACAAAAUGUUACAGAAUGAAAAUUCAGAAAAGAAUGUAGAAAAUCAAGAGGAUGCAAGGGGAGCACUCCAGUUCACUACCUUAAAGCAGGGGAAGAGCCCCUACAAGCGCAGCUGUGACGAGGGGGAAUCCCACCCCCAAACAAAGAAAAAAAAAAUUGACCUCAUCUUCAAAGAUGUCCUGGAGGCUUCUUUGGAGUCUGCCAAGUUUGAAGAAAACCAGUUAACAACAAGUACACCACUUUCCCUUGGAAGAGCAUCUAAAUACCAGGCUGAAGACAUCUUUGAGCAGUGUGGCAAUGCCAUGCAGCACAGUUCCCUGAGCCUCAGCAGAAACCAGAGUGAGAGCGAAUGGAGGAUCCCUCACAGUUCCUCUUUCAUCUCAGCCAAAGAGAUGAGCAUCCUUGAAGACGAGGAAGAAGAGCCCCUGUCACUUAAAGCAGACAGCCCAACUGAGCUGUCACUGGCGUCUGCACAAGGCAACUCCCAUGAAAUCCCUAGCACAUCCUUCUGCCCCAACUGCAUCCGUCUGAAGAAGAAAAUCCGGGAGCUACAGGCUGAGUUAGACAUGCUGAGAUCUGGGAAGUUACCCGAGGCGCCCGUGUUACCGCCCCAGGUACCCGAGCUCCAAGAGUUCUCAGACCCCACAGCUUCAGAAAGCAUCAUCUCAGUUCCCACCAUCAUGGAGGAUGAUGACCAAGAGGUGGAUUCUGCUGAUGAAUCAGUUUCCAACGACAUGAUUGCUGCUACAGAUGAGCCUUCUAAGAUGUCUUCUGCCACGGGCCGGAGGAUACGGCGGUUCAAGCAAGAGUGGCUUAAAAAGUUUUGGUUUCUGCGUUACUCCCCGACACUGAAUGAGAUGUGGUGCCAUGUCUGUAGGCAGUACACAGUGCAAUCUUCUCGGACUUCAGCCUUCAUCAUUGGCUCUAAGCAGUUCAAGAUACACACAAUAAAGCUUCACAGCCAGAGCAACCUCCACAAGAAGUGCCUGCAGCUUUACAAGCUCAGGAUGCACCCAGAGAAAACAGAAGAGAUGUGCCGAAAUAUGACCCUGCUCUUCAAUACAGCCUACCACCUGGCACUGGAGGGCAGGCCCUACUACGACUUUCGGCCUCUGGCAGAACUACUGAGAAAGUGUGAACUCAAGGUGGUGGAUCAGUACAUGAAUGAAGGAGACUGCCAGAUUUUAAUUCACCAUAUCGCCCGGGCUCUCCGAGAGGACCUGGUUGAGCGCAUCCGGCAAUCUCCCUUCCUCAGCAUCAUUCUGGAUGGGCAGAGCGACGACUUGCUUGCAGAUACAGUUGCGGUCUAUGUGCAGUACACGAGCAGUGAUGGGCCUCCAGCAACUGAAUUCCUGUCUCUUCAGGAACUUGGCUUUUCUACAACAGACAGUUACCUUCAAGCAUUAGACCGGGCUUUUUCCAGCCUGGGAAUACGACUGCAGGAUGAGAAGCCAACGAUCGGCUUGGGAGUUGAUGGUGCUAACAUUACCGCCAGCCUGAGAGCCAACUUGUUCAUGACAAUCAGAAAGACCUUGCCCUGGCUCCUCUGCCUUCCCUUUAUGGUGCAUAGGCCCCACUUGGAAAUUUUGGAUGCCAUUAGCGGGAAGGAACUACCAUGUCUGGAGGAGCUAGAAAACAAUUUGAAGCAACUGCUUAGUUUCUAUCGUUAUUCUCCCCGACUCAUGUGCGAGUUAAGGGUCACUGCUGCCACUCUGUGUGAGGAGACCGAAUUCCUGGGGGACAUUCGAGCAGUGAAGUGGAUCAUUGGGGAGCAGAACGUGCUCAACGCUCUCAUCAAGGAUUACCUUGAGGUCGUAGCCCAUCUCAAAGAUGUCAGUGGCCAGACCCAAAGAGCAGAUGCUUCUGCCAUUGCCUUGGCUCUCCUGCAGUUCCUGAUGGACUACCAGUCGAUCAAGCUCAUCUACUUCCUGCUGGAUGUGAUUGCUGUGCUUUCACGCCUUGCCUACGUCUUCCAAGGGGAGUAUCUUCUUGUGUCGCAGGUGGAUGAUAAAAUAGAGGAGGCCAUCCAGGAGAUCAGCCGGCUAGCAGACUCCCCAGGAGAGUACUUGCAGGAAUUUGAGGAAAACUUCCGUGAAAGCUUUAAUGGAAUUGCAGUGAAAAAUCUACGGGUGGCUGAAGCCAAAUUCCAGUCAAUCAGAGAAAAGAUCUGCCAGAAGACCCAGGUGAUCCUAGCCCAAAGGUUUGAUUCCCGCAGCCGGACAUUUGUGAAGGCCUGUCAGGUAUUUGACCUUGCAGCUUGGCCCAGAAGCACUGAUGAGCUCAUGAGCUAUGGGAAGGAGGAUAUGGUACAAAUAUUUGAACACCUGGAAACAGUCCCAUCAUUUUCCAGAGAGGUUUGCCGAGAGGGGAUGGACACCCGAGGGAGUCUGCUGAUGGAGUGGCGAGAACUCAAAGUGGAUUAUUAUACCAAAAAUGGUUUUAAAGACUUGCUCAGUCACAUUUGUAAAUACAAACAGAGAUUUCCCCUCCUAAAUAAAAUAGUUCAGAUCCUCAAAGUCCUUCCCACCUCUUCGGCCUGCUGUGAGAAGGGGCGUAGCGCCCUGCAGAGAGUGCGCAAGAACAACCGCUCUCGGCUCACGCUGGAGCAACUCAGUGACCUGUUGACAAUUGCUGUUAACGGGCCGCCCAUUGCCAACUUCGAUUGCAAAAGGGCACUCGAUAGCUGGUUCGAGGAGAAGUCAGGCAAUAGUUACGCGCUCUCGGCCGAAAUGCUGAGCAGGAUGUCAUCUCUUGACCAGAAGCCAAUGUUGCAGAGCAUGGACCAUGGCUCUGAGUUUUACCCUGAUAUUUAGGAAGGAAUGCCUCAGAUCAGAUAAUUUUUUUAAUCUAUACUCUAAACUUUGAUAUAUUAUAUAAAAUAUAUAUAUUAUCUAUAUUAAGGAAAAACCCACACUGAAAAUUUAAGACGAUGUGCGUCUGAUAGAAGCUAAGCAGAAUUUUAAAGAUUGAGACAAUGUUUAGACAUUUACUGAUGUCUCCAACCAUGGCAGCUGCA